AUGCUUCCAUUGGGUGCAGUCGAAUGGAUACUGCGAAAACGUUUCCUGGAACGUAGGGCAGCCAACAUUCACCCAACUCGCAACUUGGAUGAUCCUGAAAUGUACAAGUUGAUGCGGAACAUUAUGAUCAGGAGCUUAACCCACGAUGUGAAGUAUGCGGUACCGAAGUAUUUAAUAUCGUUCGUGCCUCAUACCAGGGAAAAAAAGGAGCUGUGUAACAUCUUUGAUGCAUUCGUCCCGAACUGCGUGGUACCGAAGGGACCAAGUGAGAAGAAGCCGACUCCAGGAAACAAUAUUUAUAAUUUCCUGUAA